CAGGUCUCAUCGCAUCAUUUGUAACAUGAUUGAGUAAAAAGGAAAAGAUAAAAAAGAAGAUAAAAGUGAUAAGGCAAAAAACAAAACAAAAAAAAUAAUAAUUACGGAGUGAGAAAAAUGAGAAGGAAAAAAACUAUAAGCCAUGGUGGUGGUGGGGGUGGAACUGCGGGCUGAAAAACUGAAAAGGAUGACUAUGACGAUGAUGAUGAUGAUGAUGAUGAUGAGGAUGAUGAUGAUGAUUAUGGUGAUGGUGAUGAUGAUGAUGAUGAUGGUGACUGAAGGAGUGAAUGAAAGAAUGAAUAAAUGAAAGCUAAACAAGAGCAAAAAGAAGAAAUAAACAAAGAGGGAUUUACAAUGUUUUGAACGCAGUGGAAAAGGGUUUUAAGGACAAAAAUAUUUAAAAUGGUCUGAAAGAAGGAAAUGCAUUAUAUGUCAACACACUACCAGCCUUCAUGUCCCCACCUCAUCAAAGACCACCAGCACCAGCACCACCACCACUACUGCUAUAACAACCCACACAAACUAUCAUUAUAUAUAUCAUCUUCAUUUUCAAUAAGAGCUUUUCAUAUAAAAGACACAUAGAUGCUUCUUUAUAUAUAUAUAUGUAUAUUUUUACAAUUAUUUUCCCUUUUUAAUUUUUCUUAUAUUUAAUUGCGCUUUUUUUUUAUUUUUUUCCCCUGUAUUUAGUGUUUAGUGACUAAUCGAGCAAAAAAAAAUGAUGCAAAUGAAGUUGUGUUCUGGAUUAGGAAAGUAGCUCAUAACAACGAUCCUGUCAUUUUCUUCCUUACUUCGUCUUACAAUUAUCUCGUAGUUGUUUCUGUUUAUUAGUUUUAGCAUUAUUUUUUUUCUUAGUUAUCAUUUAAACAACUUAAACUAACGAAGAGAUGCUGGCAGCUGGUAUCCCAUGCUGUCAGCGCUGGUCGCGUUGUCACCGUGAACCUGCCUUUCCUACCGUAAUGGGUAGGGCUUCAAGUUCUGUACGAAAUAUGUUUCUCUGUUGGGUUUUUCUACUGUUAGCAUCUUUGUGCACACUGGUACAAAAUGUUGCAAUACCUACGGAUGAACAGCGCCUAAUGCAGGAAUUACUAGCAGACUAUGAUCCGGCUUCGCGUCCGGUUUACAAUGCCUCUCAUACCGUAGUGGUCAAAUUUGGAAUAACACUCACACAACUUUCGGAUAUGGAAGGAGACAUCGCAGACAUCACGUCGAACACCGUCGUACUCCUGAUGAGCAACGCCUGCUAAGCAGACUAUUAGCUAAUUACGAUACAGCCUCACGCCCUGUCUACAAUGCUUCGCACGCCGUAGUUGUGAAAUUUGGAUUCACCCUUACACAAAUAGCCGACAUGGAUGAAGUUAACCAAGUGCUGACAACAAAUGUCUGGAUAGAACAGGAAUGGAACGAUGAGCGGUUAAGAUGGAAACCAGAGGAUUAUAAUGGUCUGGAAAAAGUUCGCAUACCAUGUGAGAAAAUAUGGUUACCGGAUAUUGUACUCUAUAACAGUGCCGAUGACUUUACAACUGGAUACAUGCAGAGCAAAGCAAUGGUCUCAAGCGAUGGAACAGUGUUUUGGCCUCCACCGGCGAAAUUAAGAAGUUCAUGUAAAAUUGAUAUCACAUAUUUCCCUUUCGAUGAUCAAAUGUGUAAAAUGAAAUUUGGUUCGUGGAUAUAUGACGGUUUCCAAGUUGACGUAACGAACCGUUCAGCAGACGUCGAUCUUACAAACUAUGUAUACAGCGGUGAAUGGGAUUUAUUGAAUAUAAAGGUAAUUCGAAAUGAAGUUCGAUACACUUGCUGCAAAGAACAUUACCCAGACGUAACCUUUACCAUUGUAAUACGUCGACGUACACUGUACUACUUGUUUAAUAUAAUAUUCCCUUGCUUAUGGCUAACCAUACUUAGCCUACUGGGAUUUUGGUUGCCACCAGAUUCGGGAGAAAAAAUCACACUUGGAAUAACGGUCUUACUGGCAUUUUCUGUGUUUAUGUUGCUAAUAGCAGAGAAUAUGCCGGCCACCUCGGAGUUCGUGCCACUCAUAGGCAUCUACUUGACGGUGACAAUGGGUAUGACGUCGUUGUCAAUAAUUCUGACUGUAUUUGUACUUCAACUCCAUCACGUUGGGCCACAGCAAAAGCCCGUGGCCAGAUGGUUGAAGUUACUGAGUUUCAAUUUUCUCGCACGACUUGUGUGCAUCUCAACACACGGCCGGCGCGAACCUUGGCGGAGGUAUGCACUGACAGAUGAUAUCCCGAAAGAAGACAUGUGUUUGACAACAUAUGUGGAUAGUACAUGCCCCAGUGAUCCAGCGAAUUGCAACGGAACGCUUGCUCCUAGUAACGCUUUGACAACAGAUAAGAGUGGAGGAAGCACUAGCCAUGGGCACGGUGGAGAAAGAAUCACAAGACAUUUGAAAAUUUUGGUUUCGCGGCAGGAAGCAGAUGACCACGAGGAAGUAGUCUUGGAGUGGCAGCUCGUUGCUCUUGUCAUGGACCGUUUCUUGUUUUGGAUUUUCCUUAUUGGUUCUUUUCUAUCAUCACUUGUUAUAUUGGUUAUCGAGCCAUUACGAAAGCCCGAUGUAAAUUUAAAUGCUAACUCGUAGUAUUUACAAGAUAUUCUGCAAGAACUUCAAUUAUUAACACUUAAAACAAACUUAGUAAUUCUUCAACGAGAGCAAGUAUGCUAUGCUUAGUAAAAAUGUGUUACUCUUUUUUACUUAAGAUAUGAGCACAUUUUCAACACUAUCAAUAGCUGCAAUGAUAUCUUAACAUAUUAUCUAAGUUUGAGUGUAUAUACUCACGCAUGUACAAUGCGUGUUCUUUUUUCUGCAAGUGUGCAUGAAUACAUCUUUGAAUGACUGCACUGGUAAGUAGACUCCCAGGUCACGAUACAUACAUAUAUACAUACA